UUUAGGAAACCGGAAGUGCCAUGUCCGGACUGCAGCGCUUUAGCAGCUCGUUGGAAGAAGAAGAGGACGAAGAAGACGAACAACGACGAGAGUAGCUUCUCGGACGGGUUAUGUUGUAAUAUUCUUUUUAAAACACCGGACAUUUUGUUAUGUUUUGGUUACACGUGAACAUGUUGUAAGGCAGUGACGUCACACAGCAGAUUUGUUUCCCGUCAACAGUUUUUGUGUCACGCUGCUGUUGAUGCUGUGGCGGACCGCGUCGUGAGCACGUCGUGAGCGCGUCGUGACUGCGUCGUGAGCGUGUUGUGGGUUUGUGUACUGGGGUUAAUUCGGUGUCCCGGGUGAAGAUGAACGGGAAGUCGGCGCACGGAGCUGCCAGCGGAGCUCCGGCCUGUAUUGAGGGUCUGCCGCCGCUACCGAAGAGUCUGAGCGGCCUGCUGAACUCCAGCGGCGGGUCGUGGAGGGAGAUCGAGAGGAUGCACGCGAAGAAGGCCAUGAUCCAGGACGACCUGAGGAGAGGAGCGGCUCCGGGGGACCGGGCGGGGGCCAAUAAACCCGCUAACCUGGACGCAGCGCUCGCACUGCUGAGGAAAGAGAUGGUGGGCUUGCGUCAGCAGGACAUGUCCCUCCUGUGCCAGCUCUGGUCCCUGCACGAAUCCAUCCAGGAGUACAAGGGCAGCUGUCAGGAGGCGGGACCAGGGACCGACGUCUUGGACAACGGCUUCUUUGACGAGGACGACGAGUUCUACACAGACUCCGGCGUCACACCCACCGAAACCCCGGACGAGAGCGAGGCCUCACCAGCCCACAACGGGACAUCUGUGGACACGUGGCUGAACGAGUCGUUCCGAAUCGCGAUAUGAGAAUCUGAAGCCUCUUCUCUUUUUCUUUUUUUUUGCCGGAUUAAGGGGCAGGGCCGUGAUGCUGCUUCAUUGUUUUAUUCUUUGUUUUGUUUUUCUGUGUGCGGGUCCUUUUUUUUUUUUUUUUUUUUGGAUUUUUUUUUAUCACCAGCAGACUUUUCUUUUCUAUAGGAAUAUAAACCAAGAUUAUUUAUUAAUUAUAUAAACAUUAUAUAGCCGUUUUUCUUGGCAUUUUAGAAUUUUAUAGGACUUUAUAUAAGGGGGCGGAGCUAUAUCUAUAUCAGUAUCUAUAGUAUUCGCAUUUAUGCUAAAACUGUGUAUGGGGGCUCUUGUUUUUUGCAGGCUGUACUCUGGCAUCAGAAAUCCAGCAGACCGCUUCGGGAACAAAUCCGGGUCCUCAGACCAUGUGAACGGAUGCAAUGCUGGAAAGUGGAAACACUACAUAACAUUUGUUAUAGCCGUUCAUUUUGGCAGAUCCGUUAUCUUUCCCCAAACCAUUUCAUUCAGGCUUCGGUCUGAUCCACGGAGGACCAGCCGUCGGCUUCACCUCUGGAGCCUCGGCCCUUGGGGUAAUGUGUGUAUAUUUAACCGAGGAACCUACGCAACCGGACACCUUCGAAACAAAUCAGACAUUUGACUCAGUCGGAUUUGAUUCAGUAAGGUUCACUUACACUAGCUCACGUUUUCUAAAAUAUUCCAGAGCAAACAAAUAUUAUUAACCAAACUUAUGCAUAUUAAUGAGGGUGCUAGCGUGAAGUCUUCCUGCUUUCGGACAUCGAAUGAGUAAUAAGUGCAUGACGCCUUAAAUCCCAUCACUUACACGUGAACAUCAUGAACAUGCAGACCAAAGACACGCGCAGUGUUUAUAACGCAGCAUGGGGUUGUUUAAACUCCUUUACAACAGAGCUGGGCGAUAAAACGAACAUUUAGACGUUCACUGGUGGCAAAUCCGGAUUGUUAGGACACAACACUAGAUCAUUAUUAACUCCUUUUAAGAACAGAUGCGAGAACUUUAUCAUGUGCACGAGACAUAAAAACUUCUACUUUUUUUAAAUCCAUUUUUUAUUCAUUUCGAUUGAACGACGCUGUUAUUUAAAGGCACUUUAACAACUAAAAUCACACAAACAUCUAGAAAUCAAUGUAAAGAUAUAUGAAGAGUUUUCAUUGGCUGCCAGGCUUUGCAAAUAACCAAUCAGAAAAGUUUCUGCUUUGGCGCGGCAGGACGUAAGAGCGUAUCUUUAAAAAGCGUCUUUAGUCCCGCCUCUAACGUCCGUUCAUUAGCUGUCGACUUUAGCUAAUAACCAAUCGGAAAAUAUCUUCUGCUCUAUUCAGCAUCAUUUUGUUUUCUUCUCCCAGCUCAAUAUAAAGUAUCCGUUACACUCUGAGAUUCAAUUCAGUCGAUAAUUCUGUUGUUGUAAAAGUCUAUAGCGGGCGUGUGCUGAUAAAACCAUUUGAUAUGUUUAAAAAAAUCUUUUGUUUUUUUUAUUAUUUGUUUACAAUGUUGUUAUAACGCGGUUUAAAAUGAUUUGGAUCGGUUUUGAAAUGAUUGUGUAGAAUGUUGUGCAAAUUGUUUGUUUUUAAUUUCUUUCUUUCAUCGUGUUUACCCAAAACAUGUUUUAAGAUAUAAUACACCUAAAAGGGUGUUUGAUCACAUCAUCCUAAAAAAAAUGUAAAAAACUAGCUAAAUAUUUAAAAAAUACAAACGUAUAAAUGACGUCGUGAGAAGCCGAGAGAAUUUUGCCGAGAGCUUGUCGUGACGUUUCCGAUUUAUAAAUCGUCUUUCUUUUCUUUUUUUUUUCCUCUAACGAAGCAUAAAGCCUUUCUUUUUUUAUAUAAUAAUGUUUUUCUCAGUUACAUAAAAAUGUAAACAAAUUAAAUCUAAAAAAGGUGAGCCGCACCCCCCCCCAUGUGUAUGCAUAUGAACAUUUAAGAUUUAUUUUUGAGAAACAUUUUUUUUAACCAAUCUUUGAUGAUAUUUACCCAAUAUUUUACUUACUUACUUACUUUUUUUCAAAUACAUGACAUAAAUACGUGACGUAUUAAUACGGUUUAUCAGCACAUGUCUAAAUGAUGAAACACACAGGAGUCUCUGAUGACAUGAUUUCAUUAUUACACACAGUGUCACUGUUUUACUGUUAAUCUUAUAAUAAUCAUGGCGUGAACUCCGGACUCGACUCGCAGCGCUCUCGUAACGCAGCACUUCAUCAAUCAGCAUGGAUCACUAAUAGUGCCUUUGUCCAGGCCGGGUGUCAGUCCCAGGCGUUUCUGCUGAAGCUUACGGAUUGUCGGAUGUCAGGAAUCACACACAAAUUCCUCCUGAACGUCUUCUCACCAGUCGAAUCGCGUCGUAUCGUCGUAUCGAAGCUGUAUCGAAGCUCUGUCGCUUGUUGCUCGGUGUGUGAAUGUUGUAUCCUGGAGUGUCACUAGUGCAUCUGUUAUUUUAACCUCAGUAGAGACUAAAGGAGGAAUAAAACACUUCACUUAUCCAGAGGAAAACUUGCAGAAUGACCUCAGUACCGGACAUUUAAUGGAAACAUUUUUUUACGCUUUUUUUUUUUUUAACUUGUAUUAUUAUUAUUAUUAUUAUUAUUAUUAUUAUUAAAGCAAAAAAUGUAAACCACA